UGAAAAUGUUGGUGAAGAACCAUGAAGUGGGCGAUGAGUCAGUCGACAAAAUAGAAGAGAAGAAGCAGAAACAGUUUUUUGAGAAGAAGUUAGACGAUCUGAAGUGGGGCAUGUUCAGAAAGCAGGACAAUCCGAUGACAAUGGAGGAGCCUGAUGACAAUAAGCGCGGAAAACUGAAGAAUUUUAUGCGGAAGAGAGAGAUAGAGGACUUUGAAGAUGAGAAGCAGGAAGGGUUGGAAAGGCGGGAGAAAGGGGAAAUGGUGGAGGCAUUAGAAGAGAAGAUGCCAGAAGAAGCAGAAUUAAAGGCAGAGAAAGGAGAAGAGUUUACAGACGGACAAAAGCAGCUCGAGGUGGAAAGGUUAGAGAAGACAAAGUAUGAUGUGAGUGGGGAGUCAAGAGAAGAGUUUGAAGGCGAUAAGCAAGAAGAGUUUGAAGACAGGGAGCAGGAGGGGGUGGAAAAGUUCGAAGAAGAAAAACAUAAAGUGGAUGGCGAGUCAGUCGAAGGGUUAGAAGACAAGAUACAAGAAGAUUUAGUACAUGAGGAGGAGGGGAUAGCGUUUGAUGAGGAUCUGGAAGAGGUGGGAAAGUUAAAGAAGUAUGAAGAAGAUAGCGAGUCAGUCGAAGAGUUAGAAGAGGAGGAGAAUUUGGAGACGGAAAAAAUGAAGGAGCUGGAAGAGGGAGGUGAGUUAGAGGAGUCGAAUAAGUCGCGCCAGGAUGAUUUAAAUGGAAUACUUAAGAAAGAAGAAGUUGAAGAGAACAGAAAAGAAGGAGCAAGCAAGUGGAACUUUGUGGAGGACUCAGGAGAGGGAACCCAAGAGGGGUUAGCGCAGGUCGAAGAAGACAAAAAGCAAGCGUUUAAUCGGGAGCUUAAGGUAAGUGAGGACAUGCAGAAUGUUGGUGACUUUGUGGAUAGCAAGAAUGUUAACGAGGAAACGGUGAGUCUCGAAUGUAUGGAUGAGCUGUGUACUCGAUUUGAACGAGAUGAAAUCAUAAAAGAGAGAGAAAAAUUCGGUUUUGACCAUGGAUCAAAUCUUCAUGCAUCAACACUGACAGAUGUUCUCUUAGCAGAUAGAACACAAGAGGACCCCGAGGUCACUCUCGAGGACGUUGAGCAUGAUCUAAUUGGUUUGUCCUUCCAUCAGACAGAUCAGUUUGAUGAAAAAAGUGACGUUGCAAUAGAAAGUGGAGGAGAAUUUGACCAUCUCAAAAAAGCCAUUAUUCCAUCAAGCCAAAAGCCCAUCAUGAAAAUCAAAGAGUUGACAGAAUCUCCCUCGGGGUUUGAUGGAAAAACAAAUGAGAUAUCAAACCCACAACCCCUUCCAAGUCCUAAACAUGCGCUGGACUCCAGAACAAACAGUGAUAAAGACUUGCAAACAAACUUCCAGCCGCCAUCUCCAUCCCUGACACAGACUUCUCCUUCCACUUAUCUGCCUCCAAACACAGCAAAGCCCCAACAACUGAACCCCUUGUCCAAAACCUACAAGACUCUCCCAGACCACAUGAGCACACAAGAGACGAGUAUUUUGACUGAUCUGUUUGGAAAGAAGAACUUGAAAAAAUUGGAUGACAUUCUUGGCCAUGCGGACGUUUUCACGGAAGACGUCGAUCAUGAUGAAUCAGUAUUGAUGGAUAUCGAAGCAAUUCUGCACGACCACUGGGAAAUACUGUUCCCUCCAAGCAUGAGACUCUCGGACGCACCAGAAGAGGACAAAGAAAAGAUCGGAACCAGAAUUGCAAUUCAGAAACUAGAAAUACUGCUGAAAAGAGCGAGAGACAUUUUCGACACCACAAAAUCAGACAUCAAUCGAGCAAACGCUCAAGCUCAGCAGAGUUGCAUUGGUGCAUCUUGCUCUACAAGUAGAAAAGACAAAGAGACUAUGGAGACAGUCGGUGUGAUGGUGCAGGAACAGAAUGAUGGAGGCCCGGAGAAAAAUCAGGAAGAUGAUAGUGAAAGAGCAAGUGAAAAAAUGUCCCUGGAGGAGAACGUUAAGAUGUCUCAAAGUCAGACCGCACCACCACAGUUACUGGAAGGAGUAACCGUGAAGAAUCAGGAUAGUAUUCAUCGAAUUCAGAAACGGUCAUCCUCUCAGACUCAUGGAAUGGACUUCGUCAAAUGGCUUAAAAUGAAGGUUGUGUCAUCACUGCCUUAUGACAUAAGGCCUGGGCCUGACCUCGAUGGAAUCCCAUGGGAACUAAUUAUCAUCUCCAGUCUGGUGGGGCUGGUGACGUUAUUAUUCAGUUGCAGAUGUUACAGCUCUGUCAAAAGCAGAUUGUAUCGACGUAAAGAGUGGCGGAUGGCUGACCAGGUUGCACAACUGCUUGAAGAGAAGUGUGAAGUCCUAGAAACUCUCAGUAAAUGUCAACAAGAGUACAAUGAGCUGGAGACCUCACGAAGUGAAAGUGACACCUUAGCUCAAACCCAUGAGAUAGAUCUGGAGGUCAGAGCCCAACAGUUAGACCUCGCUAAUACUCAACUAGAAGAAAGUCUACAAGAACUGAAGGAUCAGUUGGAUCAGCAGAGAUUACACCGAGAAGAACAGGAACAAAAGGUCACACUCCUCGAGCAGAGCAUGGAAACAAUACAGGAGGAAACCAAAGAGCUCCAGUCACAAGAACAACAGGCUCAAACAACCAUUAAGGUGUACGAUAUGAACAGUGAGAGACUACAGCGGAAUCAAGAAACGGCUGGAGAAGAAAACAGUCUGCUCAUAGAGAGCAACACACAGUUAAGCCAACAGGUGGAGGGAUGGGCAGAGCGAGUGAGUGAGCUGGAGGAGGAGAUGAGAAGGUAUGAAUUGGCCCACAGCGGAAUGGUGCAGGAUGUCGCCAACAAGGAUGAACGCAUAAUGUCCCUCACCGAUCGGCUGCUGGGGAUGAAAGCUUGGGAUGCCGAUCUAGAGGAAGAUGGAGGUGACUCAUCCAAGGGGGCCACAGGAAGAGCAGAGAGGAAUGGAAAAGUAGACGGAACAAAAUCCGAAAUCCAUCUCCAGAAAGUCCAAAAGCUUAUUUAUGCUGCAAAGCUCAAUGCAGACCUCAAAUCAGUUGAUGAAGACAAGGACAGAGUGUUUGCCAAACUGAAUGAUGAAAUAAAAGCUAAGGAGGACCUUGAAGUGAGCAUUAAGGAGUUGGAGAAUGAGCAAUUGUCUAUGCAAGCUGACACUGAGCGCUACAAUGAACAGGUUCAGCGACUGCAACAGAAACUCCAGAUUAUGACUGAAAUGUACCAAGAAAAUGAGCUCAAACUACACAGGUUGCUGACAGUGGAGGAAAAGGAGCGUCUGCAGAAAGAAGACAAAUUGAAUAAAGCUGACAAAAACAUUGCUUUGGCAAUAGAAGAACUCAACAACUACAAGCUUCGGGCCGGGGAGAUGGAGGAGGAGCUGGAGAAAACCAAGCAGUCGUAUCAGACCCAGAUAUCAGCCCAUGAGAAGAAGGCUCACAACAAUUGGCUUGCAGCACGGGCAGCAGACAGAGAACUAUCAGACAUCAAGAGAGAAAACGCCCUCCUCAGGCAGAAGCUUACAGACACACAGUUUAAGUUGGAUGCCCUCGACAGAGAGCCAUUCACCUUGGACAGCGUGGCCAGGCCUUUACCUUUCCGAGCUGAAAGAUUGCCUUUUGGUCCUUCUCCUUUGGGUCGGCCUGCGUCUGAAAACCGAGCUUUACUCUCGCCUCCCACACUUCUUGAAGGACCUUUAAAUAGACUGUCACCUAGAGGAACUCGUGGUCCAGUCGAGCCGCCUUGUGCCCACGGGGAGCUCGAGCAGACUGGAGGCCCGCACUCGGACAGCGGCUCCAUCUCUCCUUCGUGGGAAAGAGAUCGCAGGGGACCCCCACUGGGAGCCCCCGGCCCAUUUCCCCCUCAAGGCUGUAUGUUCCCUGAACCCGGAGGUCCAAUUUACAGGAGGCCUGGUCCUCCCCCAGGAAUGAUCGCUCCAUUGCCACCUCCAGGUCCACCUUUUCCCCUUCCGAGAGCUCUUCCUAAUCCUGGGCCCCUGGGACCCAUCCACUAUGCAGACACAACAGAUGGCACAAACAGAGAACACAGCCUUGGACCCGAGCAAGAUCAUCAAGAGCCUACUCCCAGUGAUGGAAGGACUCCUCCUCUGAGAAGGGGGACGGCACCACCUUCUGGACCGCCAAUAGGCCCCAUAGAUGGCCCAUUUCCUCGAAGAGCACCCUUCGGACCGCCUGAUUUCUUCCCUCCCAGAGGGCCUGGAGGACCUCCCAUGAUGCCAAUGUGGGCUCCUCGGCCAGGGAUGAUGUUCCCUCCUCUGUACGCUCACGGCGGACCUCCGCCUCCUCCUCACCCGCUUUCAUAUGGGCCCCCGAUGCGGCCUCCACCACCCGAUGGCCUUCCGCCUCCCUCCGUGGGUCCUCCCGUGUCCCAGCAGAACCUCCCCCCUGUGCCACGCAGCCAAUCACAAGAUGAGCUAACAUCCGCUCCUUAAGUUGCUAUUCGAACCACAUCUGAUUUUCACUCGGUCCUUCUUCAAACAGCCGCUGCUGAUGGAGAAGCGUCGUUCUUGGAAGAAUUCCCAAAAAAUCAAUCAUGAAUGUCAUUUGGGUGGACAAGAUGAUUAGGUACUUGAGAUUUAGGGCGGUUCUGACAACGCUAGCUAUAUUUCAGCAUGUGUUUUUGUCACGUACUUUGACAUUUGGAACAUUACUGGAUGAUAGCCAAUCCAGGAUGCUUGCGGUAAUGCUGCAUUUCAUCCAUCCAUUUUUUUUCCUGUUCAUCCCGGUCAGGGUCUUGGGUGAGCUGCUGUCUCACCCAGCUGACUUUGGGCAAGAGGUUGGUAACACCGGAAACUGAUUGCCAACCAAUCACGGGGCAUCGAGACACACACAAAAUAAA